CAUUUCCUUCUUCCACACGAGCAGCGGAGCUACAAAUGGGCCAGUCCACCCACACAGUCUGCCAAACUCCGCCUGAACCUGCUGCAGGAGGACACCUACUCUCUCCAGCGUUAGCUCUCUCGAAUUUAAAAUACCGAUGGCGAUUAAAACCUGUCUGACUCAUCUGAUGCUGCUUUUAAUAAUCUGGAAGGAAAGCCUGACUUGCAACGGACUUACAGUGGAUCCUCCUGAGAACCUUACAGUAUUAGACCCGGGUCAUCUUGGACAUCUGCAGAUCUCAUGGAGCCCCCCGGGCAGCCUGAUCAACAUGACAAACUGCUCAAUAGUGUAUCACCUGGAAUACUUCAACACAUACAGGAACAGCUGGAGUAUGACCAGGAUGAAUGUAAGGAGCUACACUGCCCAGUUUGAUCUGAUGAAAGACAUCAAAGUGAGAGUGUACACCAUACUGGAUGGACCCUGCACCAACAACACAAUGAUCCAGAGCAGAAGCUAUGCUGAACUGAUUCAGAAACCUCCCAGCACAGGGGUUAUGGAUACCGAAGUCCAGAAUUUUACCUGUGUGUACCAUAACAAGGAGCACGUGGAGUGCAUGUGGAGAAGAAACCCGAACACACCGGCCAUCUCAAAGCAAAAUCUAUAUUUCUGGCAUAAAAAACUGGAUCAGGCAGUGGAAUGUCCGAAAUACAUGGUGUCAGGCGGCGUCAGACGCGGCUGCAACUUCACAGGGACAUCUCUCCCUGAAUUCGCGAAUAUCAUCUUCUGUGUAAAUGGCUCCUCCCCUGAAGGGCCCCUGAAACAAACGUUUGUCUCCCUGCAAAUCCAAAACCUCAUGAAGCCUGCAACCACAAAGAAGCUGCAUCUGCAAACAUGCCCGGACAAGAAGCUGCAACUGCAGUGGGAGCGUCCUAAUGGGAAGAUUCCUGGACACUGCCUUGAAUGGGAAGUGGAGCACAAUCAAGAGGGGCCGGAUGGAAAAAUAUCAAAGACACAGAGUGUCACCAGAGAGACCAACUUCAACUUCACUCUGCCUUCCGCCCACAACUCUGAGAGAAACUGCUUCAGGGUUCGAUCCAAACUGCACAAGUAUUGUGCAGACAAAAGCUUUUGGAGUGACUGGAGUCGUCCAACAUGCGACCCAGAAAAGGAAGAGAUGGCACCUGAACCCCAAUGGAGCGUGGUACCUGUCUACAUUUACAUUGCUGCCGCCAUCAUUGCCGUGCUGGUUCUGUCCCUGUGUGUCGGGGCAGCGCUCCAAGUGAAGAAAUCAAGACAAGAGAAGAAGCCGGACUCGCUGCUCACCACCCUGUUUACCAGAAAUCUCACUCUUACGGCCGCCGAGGCCUGAAAAGGCAAGAAAGCCUCCCUCGACCUCAAAGAGUACUCCUUUUUGUUUUUACUGCUGCACUCCUCCUGCCUCAGUUUUCAGGGUCCGCGGUUACAGUGAUGCAGAAUAUAACCACUGAUAACACAUUACUGAAUAUACUCCACGUUCGACUGAAGGUCACAGCGUGUUGUUGUAACAUAUAAGUACUGCAGUUGCCUUUUGUAUUUAGUGUUUAAUGCGAAUGCUUGAAUUUUACACGGACUGUCGUAACAAUGUCACGUUAACCUGGAAACCUUGUGGACUAAAGUCAGUGCUUUCAGGGCCUUUUUAACUGGCUGUUUACUGUUGCAGGCCGAUUUAAUCAGCAGGGAUUCCUUUGCAGAUGUUGCAAUUACUUAUUCUUUGGGAAUUUGUUUUUGAAGUUUUACAGUUUGCCAAGUUUCUUGCCAGUUGAUUCAUCAACACGGGUCUGUUUCAUUAUUUUCAUAUUUAAAUUUGUUUUAUUGUGUCUUUUUGUUUUAUCGUUUACUUUGUGCCUAAAGCCUUGCCAGUUGUCUUAGACAAUAAAACGGUCUUGCCUUUUAGUGCACAAUGCAGGGUUACCACAUGUGUAAGAGUUUUGUAUCUUUAUUCAACAUUUAAAGCCAGUGAAGUUUUCAAUCAUCUAAAGAAUUUCAAAUGUAACUGAAUGAUUAAUUAAAUGUGUGUGUAAGGUGCUUUUAAAUGCCACAAGCACUUGUCAGUUUUUGCAUUUUUAUUUUAUUUUUUGUUCUGGGGUUGGCUGCUAAAUUACCUAUUGAGUUACUAUGACUAUUUUUGUGCAACAGAUACAAAAUUACUGAAUUACAUUCAACAAUGAACUGAAUGUUCCUCACCCUCCCUUUAACUUUUGUACGUGUUAUUGUAAUAAACUGUAGAGUCAAUCCAA